AUGUCCGGUCUCGCAAACAAGGUUAAGGAGACCCUGAGCUCCGACAAGCACAACUCUGGUGCCCCCGAGGGUACUUACGGCACUCAUAACUCGCGUGCUGCCAACACUGCCGACCCUCGCUUCGACUCUGACAUGGACAACCGCGCUGCCCCUGGCACCACCACCGGCACCGGUCUUCACUCCACCACUGGCCACACGGGUACCACUGGCACCUCUGGUCUUCACUCCACCACUGGCCAGACUGGUACCACUGGCACCUCUGGCCUUCACUCCACCACUGGCCAGACUGGUACCACUGGCACCUCUGGCCUUCACUCCACCACUGGCACCACUGGCACCUCUGGCCUCCACAGCUCCGCUGACGGACCUGCGCCCAACACCGACGGCCCUCACAAGUCCGACAUGAUGAACAAGGCCGACCCUCGCGUCGACUCGGACCGCGACUACAGCAAGAACGUCGGCUUGAACUCUGAUCGCUCGGCCGAUCCCAGCAAGGGCCCCUCCGCUCCUGGUGCCUACCGUGGUGAGAACAUGGGUACUUCUGGCCUCCAUUCCACCACCGGUACUCACGGUACCACCACUAGCCACACGGGCAUGGGCUCCGAGAACAUUCCCGGUACCACCUCUACACACUCCGGCGCCCGCGAGGGCACUUACGGCACUCACAACUCGCGUGCUGCCAACGCCGCUGACCCCCGUCUCGACUCUGACCUCGAUGGCUCCCGCAAUGUUGGCUCGAACCGCACUGGCGGUCUUGGUAACACCACUGGUACCACUGGCACUACGGGUCACCACACUACCGGCCACCACACCACCGGGACCACCGGUACCACUGGCACUACUGGUCACCACACUACCGGCCACCACACCACCGGGACUACCGGCACCACUGAUAGUACUGGCCUUGACCACUCAUCUGGGCUGGGCGCCACAGGCCCUGCCAGCAAGACGACUGGUCCUGCUCCCAAAACCGCCGGCCCUCAUAAGUCGGAUAUGCUGAACAAGAUCGACCCCCGCGUUGACUCCAACCUUGACGGCUCCAAGACCGUGGGUGGUGACAAGACUCACGCUGCCGACAAGACCUUGUAA